UCGUGCUUUACGUAAAUGAUCUCAAUCUGUGCACCAUCAGGAUUAAUGAAAAAUAAGCUUGAAGCUUACAAAUGCUGUUCAAAUGAUGUCAUUCAUUUUAAGCUUGUGCGAAACAAAAAAGAUGUAGAAAAUGAAGACAUUACUUUCAGACCUGAUAUGACACAUCAGUUGUUUGGUGACCAUGAAAGUAUAUUUGGCUACCGUGAUCUUCACUUAGACUUGUUCUACACAGCUGGUGCUCUAAUUACUUACCUGAAAAUAAAAUACCUGGACAAAGUGACUCCAGAAAAAUUUGAUGGAAUUAGCGCCGACGAUGUUGAGAAACCCAUAGCAGAAAUGAUGCCCCCAGGUUACCUGACCAAUAUUGAUGACUUUGUCAGUUCACUUGAAAAAGAACACCUGUUCAGACCCCCCGGAGAAAAAGUAAAUUCAUAUCAAAUUCAUAAAGAUAAUUGCGAACGUACUUUUGAAGUAUUCAAAGCCUCUGUUCUUUCUCCUGGUUUCAAAAAUUAUCAUGAACGCUUGCAAACAUUCCUUUUGUUCUUCAUUGAUGCUGCUUCAUAUAUUGAUAUUGAUGAUGAUCGGUGGACAUUCUAUCUGUUAUUUGAGAAGUAUCAACAAAAUGGUUGUGUGUGCUAUGCUGUAGUUGGUUAUAUGACCGUCUAUAAUUAUUAUGCUUACCUGGAGAAAAUCCGUCCUCGUAUAAGGUAUACAGGCACUUGCCAUUUCCGUGGCCUCCUUGAAGAUGAUAGUCACUGGAAUGCGACUCUGGAUGAGGCAGUUGUUUCAGGUUAUGCAUUUCAGUUGUUAAAUCUCUUAGCCAUUAUGUUUCUAGUUUGCAACAUCUCUAGCCCUUGCCAGCUGUGGAAGAAGCACCAGGAAUCCUUCUGUGCAGACAUUGUUCACAGAUUGCAGAAAGAAAAUCAAAGUCUUGAAAUCCAGUUGACUGAAAACAUCAAGAAUGAUGCUCUACUCAUUCUUGAAUACAAGGUUCUUCAGCUUGGAAGAAAACCUUUUCAGGAGUAUGGCUUGCCAGAUCCAAUAAGAGACCAGGAAAUUUUAAGGGAGACAUCCUAUAACAUCAACAAUCUCAAUGUUAUUAACCUAGUUGAAGACCCAUCUGAGAACUUUCAACGAUUACGAGACUUUGUUGAUGUUCGAAACUGUAUGAAAUUAUCAUCUUACAAACGUGAGAACCUGUCUAGUGGAUUCUGUGAGAAGAUGUCAACAGAAGCUCGCACAAAGCUGAAACUGAGUAAGCGACAAGCAAGAAGAUGUUAUGAAAUCCUUAGGCUGAAAUCUGUGAAUAUCCAUGAUGAAGAUGAAUUCCGAGCAUAUCGUUUAGAUGUGAAAAAGCGUCUCAAUUUACCAUUUCAUAAAAAUGGUCGGGAUUUCAAAAAACUAGAAACCAUCCUUCAACCUGAUGAAUUAUCAGCCACGAUGCCUAACCUGAACGCUGAACAGAAGUAUGCUCUGCUGGACAAACAAUUCAAUGAGACAGUGCAGAUCUAUCGUCACGUCAUUGAUCGCUUGGAGUGUUUGGCAGAGCCUUAACACAUCAAUAGGUUUGGAUGUUAAAACGAACGAAUAUGUAAUGAAGUAGAAAUCACUUCGACUCCAUUUCUCAUCAAUCUCUCUUCUCUUUUCCUCUCUUUCUCCUCUGCCUUUAGAGUCAUCUUGUCAUUAAUUUACUUGUGCACACACACACACACAUGCAUAUCUAGAAAUCUGUAUACAUCCAUUAUUGUUAUACAAUGCAUUCACUUAAAUAUUUAUGCAUAUACAUAAAUGAUUUAUGUUAUGUAUGUUUAUAAAUAUACCUAAACACACACACAUUUGUAUAGGUAAUUUUUUUUUCUCUCUGUAUAACAAGUGUAUUCUAAUUUCAUCCUGUAAUUGCAGUGGUUGUCUUGUUUAAUUACCUCUAGUGUAUACAACUGUAAUCCUGCUAAUAAACUUGUGUUAGUAGCAAUUUUUCUUUGAGAAUUAAUGUCUACUAAUAACUAAAAGUUGAGAAAGAAAAGUUUUUUUUAAAAAAAGACAAAUAUAUUUUUUAAAAAAUUAACAUUCAUUUAAAUCUAUGAUUUAAAUAACCAAUUUUUGUUUCCUCACUUUUUUUAUUCUUGAGGACUUGUUUUGUUCAUUUAAUUUUUUUUUUUUUUCCAACUAUUAGUUGUCAUAAAGUUGACUGAUUUCAUAUACACACACUGACAUAUAUCCAAAACACAUAGGCAUUAUAUAUAUAUAUAUAUAUAUAUAUAUACUUGUAAUUUUUUUUUAUUACUUAUUGAUGAAAAUAA